CAUGAUCGGUCAUCGCUGAGCCCCUAAUCGCGUAGAUUGAACAAAGAGAACCAAUAGAGGAAUCGUGGAAAGUGUGCAGAGUUCACAGCCACCCGUCGAUCAAUUGUAAUAUUCAAUCGAAUCUGCGCUCGGUAGUGCGCGUAACAUCAUCCAAUACUGCACUCCGUGUUCCUAUUGUGUGGGCUGACGGUGUGUUAUGUGUGUGUUUUUGUUGCCCUAGAGAACCAAUACGCAGUGGCCGAGCAAACGCGGAAAAGUGUCGUCUGAAAAAGGAAUCCGAUUAUCCCCUAGUAAUCUAGCGAAAACCAUCCCUUAGUGAUACCGUGCGGUCGUGACGUGAUAAGGCGAACAACGACACAAAGUGCAACAGAGCCAAGGCGAUUUCUGCGUAGCGGGUCGAAUAACAACGCAAAUUAAAAUGUCGUACGCAUAUUUGUUCAAAUAUAUUAUCAUCGGGGACACAGGUGUCGGCAAAUCCUGUCUGUUGCUGCAGUUCACCGACAAACGCUUCCAGCCAGUGCACGAUCUAACGAUCGGGGUCGAGUUUGGAGCGCGCAUGAUCACGAUCGAUGGCAAGCAGAUCAAGCUACAGAUCUGGGACACGGCCGGCCAGGAAGCAUUCCGGUCGAUCACGCGCUCGUACUACCGAGGAGCGGCCGGUGCUUUGCUGGUGUAUGACAUAACGCGCCGUGAAACGUUCAAUCAUCUGACCACAUGGCUCGAGGACGCACGGCAACAUUCAAACUCGAAUAUGGUCAUUAUGCUGAUCGGCAACAAGAGCGAUCUCGACUCGAGACGUGAGGUAAAGAAAGAGGAAGGCGAAGCGUUCGCUCGUGAGCAUGGUCUCGUGUUUAUGGAAACUUCGGCCCGCACGGCGGCCAACGUUGAGGAGGCAUUCAUCAACACGGCUAAGGAGAUCUACGAAAAGAUCCAGGAAGGUGUCUUCGACAUCAACAAUGAGGCCAACGGAAUCAAGAUCGGUCAGCAGCAUUCACCGACCAGCCCGUCGCUCGGCAGCGGCAACAGCCCGGGUGGACCGGCCAGCAGUGGAUGCUGCUAAGCGUCGUGCCGCCAGCCACCGACGACGAUCCUGAUGUGUAGUGCUUCCCCACCCGACGACGGUCCCACAUCGACGACGAUGAUGGUUGGCCGCACCUGGGAUGAGAUCAAGUAACCGAUCUCAUCGCGUAGAACCGAAGGUGGGAAGCACAUGGCUCGUUAGCGAAACGCGUCCCGAACUCAAAUGGACAAAUGAGAUACCGUGUCGCGGACCGCUGUACCGAGCUUGGAAAGCGAAGGCCUGUGUUGCGUAUGUGUGUGUAUGUGUGUGUUUGAUCUAAAAUUUUACCGUUGGAGGCUGCAUUUUCUUCUCUACAACAAUACAACUACAGUAGCAAAAACCGAAAGCCGAAAAGGAAAACCAAUCUCAUUCCCUGUUCCGAUGACACGUAAAUUUCCACGCGAGAAGCGAAAAACGAGUUGCAGAAGCCACUAACAACGGCAGUGAAUCGUGGUUUGACUUGUCCGUACGUGAAGAUCGCAGUAGAAGAGGACAGGUCGAGGAGCGCGACACCGUUACCAAACUCAAAUCAAUUCCCAACUUGCGAACAAAUUAAGUGUUUAAGUAUAAACUGGGUAUACGAGGGUGUACGAACAAGACGUUAAACACAAUGAUAAAUUAAAUCCAAGUAAAUACAGGCGUACAGGUGAAUGGGAAGCGAUGAAGGGAAUACUGCAACCAGUAAGAGCGAGUGGCAUGAUUACCGAACAACAAAUUCACACGCAUACCCUAUCAAUCAAUCCGAUUCCGAUCCGAGCAUUAACGGUACAUCUUCCAAUAAAGCAAAAAACCAAACAAAACAUCCUUUGCAGCAGGUGAGCAGCAGAGCAGAUGGUAUCGGCAGGAUUGUGUCAGCUGUGGCGGCGGGUGAUUGUAAAGUAGCAUAACAUAAAAAAAAACAUUACAUAAAUAGUUUUAAUCUCAUCACGAUGGAGGUGUAUUUGAGGCGCAAGCGUGAGAUAACUUUUCCUGUCAUUUUUUCCACAAACAAACAAAACUGCGGGCCAAUAGCUGCUUUCUCUUCACUGGCACCGAAACCGAUCAUCUACUGUUCCUUUUCACGGUGAAGCGGACACGUUUCUACUAUUACGCAUACGCAGAUUGUUUCGCUAAUACGCAAGAUACUGGGUACGAUUAACACACGUUGCGGAUUGAAGACUAAAGACUAAAUAAGCAGACUAAAUGAUAAGGGAACUAUAUUAUAGAGCACGAUAGGCAUGUCGAGGAUUGGCAAAUAAAAAUAAUGCAACGUCCCAUAUGAGCUCUGCUUUUCCAUUACUCGUCAACAAUUUCAAGUUUAGUUUUACAACUUGCCCGUUGCUCUUCCAAUUGAAUUUCUUUUAAUGCGUUGAUGAGUUAGUUCACUAAUAGCGGUAAAAUCUUUUUGACGAUGGAUUUUAUUCUCCUAAACCAAAUAGUUUAACCAACAAAUCUUGUCCCAGCUUUCUGCCGUGAUCAAUACUGUCUUUACUGUCCACUUUGAAACGACUACGUCACUGUAAUCUUAUAUUUGGUUAAAACCGCUGUUGCAGUAGCUGAAACUUCUUGUUUAGAUAAACACAUACAGCGGCAGUAGGAAGUUAUGACCAGUUGACAGUCUAAUGAAUUCUUGUGGAGUUCCCAACCAACUCCAUGCUUGAGAGGUCAGCUACCCUUGCGUUAUCUUGAUUGGAAUAUUACAGAAAACAAUUCCACGCUUUGCACUCGAUUUCUUGACCAGCGGUGCACUCGAGUUCCUCAUUUGUCACAGCCCAACUCGCCCCAAAGAGAGAUCCACACUCGGGUGCACGACAUCGUAGCUAAACAAACUUUAAUCCCCCGUUUAUUAUUAACACAACAAUAAAUAAAACACAAUCCAACGAGCUGGUGGCUAUUAGGGAUAACAACAUUAAAUGCAAGGAACGUGGUAAAAAGUUGUUCCAUCACGCGGCACGAAGCAGCUUGACUUUGCACCGAAAAGCAAGAGCAACAUGAGGUUAGCGUUUAUGAAAGGUGUGCAAAUGAGGUCAUCUCCACAAGAUCCGGAUGCCCGGUCUGGCGUCAAAUUUACUGGCAUAUAGUUGUGUAUGGUAUAGAUAAAGCUGAAAUAAUAAAAAAGACAA